AUGGCCAUAAGGGUCAGAAUAAAUAACGUUUACCACCUUUCCGGAGUGCCGUGCGUCCCGUCGGCGGGCAGCCGUUGCCAUGGGCGGUGCCGACCGCGGUGCCGGGCGGGCCGUGACGCUCUGCCGGGCCGGGGAGCACCGCCUCCCGGUCGCCGCCAGCCCUUCCGGGUCAGCGCCGAGCCGCAGCCGGGUCCGUGCUGCCGCCGCGGCCGGCCCGGUAUGGACAACCAGAAGGAUGAGAAAGGCAGGCUGCUCAGUGCAGCUUCUACAGAGGACCUGAAAGUCCGAGGGAAAGAAAAAAGGAAAAGAAAACGUAGCAGAAGCAGAUCAUCAUCCGUUUCAUCCACAUCAUCUUCUAGUACUACAUCCACUUCUUCUUCCUCAUCGCAUUCGUCAUCAAGGUCGUCAUCUUCAAGUAGCAGAGAUUCUUCUAAAACUAAAUCAAAGAGAAGGAAAAAAGAAAAACACAACAAAAAGGACCAGCAGUGGUAA